AGAAGCGUUUAUGGUUUUCAAGGUCGCGGCGCCAAUUUCAGUACCUGAUGCUCAUGUACAAUCGAUUGACAAACGAUUUUAGAGAAGUCGUGACAAUUAAGCGGGUACAAUAAAUGGGACUACUAAGGAAUUCCUUUAUUUGUAGAUGAGGACUCGCUAGCUAUGUGCUCUGCAGAGCAGGUAAUUGAUUACUUUUAUGUUUGCGGCGUAGAUUAUGGAGUUGGCCUAGAGAGCUUUAACUCAGGUGAAAAACGUGAUGUUUGUCUGGAUAUUCCUCCUCUAAAGCGGCCCUACAAGUGCCGUGUUCUUCAACAUUUUCCUGAAUAUUCUCCAAAUUGUCCUUUUGAUGAGGAGUCCACUGCACUGGUUACGAUGCCCCAAGGUCUCAAUAUAUUUAGUCAAAGUAGCCCAUUAUUUAGCCGGUUUCAUUUGCCUCAAAGACAUACUUUUAUAAUUACUAGGGAAGAUGGUACUCGUGUUCAUGGCUUAGCACUGCUUUUUUGCGAACUCGUUACACAUGAAGGCUUUAAAGAGGCAGUUAGCUCACUACAAAUGAUAUACGCUGCAGAUCUUCAGUCUCUUAGGCUCUCAUCGCCUACAAUGGACGGGCUUAAUCCAGGGGCUAUCAAGGAAUGCUUUGCGGGUGAGAAAGAUUCGCUCUUUACUACAAAGGCUAUCGGCCUUUUGUCCCGUCACCCGUUCAUUUUCGGUUUGUUUAAUUGGUUGGAAGAUUUGUGGGCUAUGAUGUAUAUUUCUCCUAAUACUAAAUGUAUCCAAUCCACUUUGGAACAAUGCAUUCAUGAUAUGUUGUUUAAAACUAAACUUCCUACUGUUGGUCAGUAUGUAACGUUUUCCACUCCAUUCAGGACUCACUAUGGCUAUUGUCCUGCACCCAUAUCACCUAUAACAAAUUUAAUGAAUGGGCAAUUAAACCAAAAAUAUUAUGUAGAAUUAUCAUUAUUUGAGUAUCCUAUUGAAGAAUUAUUUGAACUGAUUGAUUUGGAUAAUUUUAUUCGUUUAUUCACAUGUACGCUUCUUGAAUAUCGUAUAAUUUUAUUCUCAAAAGUGUAUUAUCGUCUGAUGUUGAUUGCUGAAUGUGUUACUUGUUUGUUAUUACCAUUUUAUUGGCUACAUGUAUAUGCUCCAAUAUUACCAGUAUCAUUAACUCAUUUUGUCGAUGCUCCUGUCCCAUUUAUCAUGGGUAUUAAUAUAUCAGAUCCUUUCAAUAAUAAUGAUCAUCAAAAUGAGAAAUACCCAUUUAUUAAACAAUACGAUUCAGAUAAUCAUACACAAGCAUAUUUCUACUCUCCUUCAGUUGAGCUAGCUAGUGAAACAAACGUCUGUUAUGUUUACAUUGAUGAAGGAAGAGUUAUUGUGCCAGAUGAAAUUCCUGAAUUUCCAAAUAGUCAAGAUAUCAAACAAUCUUUAUUAGAGAUUUUAAAAUUAGCUAAACAUCUGUCAAGAAGUUUUAAUACUCAAAUUACAACCGAACAGAAUACUGCUCAGCAUUUGACAGACAUUUCUCAAACUACUACACCUAUUAGUUGUACAACAUCACAUAUGGCAGCUCCUGUACCUAGACCCAAACCCCCUAGUUCACUGAUAAAGUUCACUGGACUUCAACGAGAAGUAUCUUUGGCUCGUUCCAACCAUUCACAAUCAGUCUGUGAUCAAGCUGAUUCGUCUAUGGAGAAUAGGCAACGACAAGAACAAUUCUACAUACGCAAAAAUAAUAGCAGUAAUGUUAGUGCAUCGGACAGCAGUUGUACAAAUCAAAUAAACUAUUUUGAAGUCUGUUCAAAGGCAGCUAAACAGAUUAUUUCAAAAGAGGUGUAUUCAAGUUAUACCAAAUUAUUACAUAUAAAUGCAGCUAUAAGAAAUUUAUUUCUUUCCAAUUUCACAAUGAUAUUUCAAGAUUAUGAAAAUUAUUUAAUAUUAGAUAGGAAUGGGCAAAAACCAGAUAAUAUUGGAAAUAUUUCCUGUGGUCUACAUGGAUUUGAUAAAGUUGGCUUUUUAAGUGAUCAACCAGAAACGCACUUACCUUUUUUGAGUGCAUUUCUAGAAACUCAAAUGUUUGCCAGUUUUUUAGAUUCACGUACAAAAUGGCAUAAUUUAUCACAGAAUAAAAUUAUGCAUAGUUCUAAUUCACCAUCAGUGCAUUUAACUGUUUUUCAUUUAUUGUUAUCGAGAUCACGCCAUGAACGAAAAACAAUAUUUCGGUCUAAUAAUAGUAAUGAUAAUACUUUAAUGAAUACAGCUUUAUUACCGGAAAACAUUAACUAUGACGUGAUGUUUGAUUAUAAUCAACAACUUCAGCACAAUUCAAAUUUCCCUGAUUUCAAUGCAAAACCAAUAUUUGAAAAUGUAAAUUGUCAAACUAGUAAUAAUGAUCACUUACCAGACUUAUUAUAUGAUAUUAAAACUGAAUCAAGUAUCACUACCAACAACAACAAACCCUCUACUCAUAAUCAAUUAUCAUCGAAAUCAGUUCACUCAUCUGGAUGUGUACUACCAUCGUCAUCAUCACCAUCAUUCAGUAUAGUUAGUGAACAACAAUUUGGUAAGUUUCCAACAUUAAAUAACCACAUGCUACGAUCGUAUGCGUCAUCAGUUGCAGAGAUAAUGAUGUCUCCAAGUCAUAAACAGUUUUUGUCCAAUUCUGUUGGUAAUAAUAGUAGUCAACAAUCAAAAUGUAAUAAGUGUUCGUUAUUAUCCACACAUGGUUCCUGUACAUCAUCUCCAUUCAAUCACUACUGUCCUAAUGCCGUUUCACAAUCAGAUAAAACUAGUCGACAUACUAUAUCCCCAACAGCCAAUAUCGAAACAGCAUCACCAUUAUCGUCGUCUCAAUGUUUAUUAACAAGUAAUCCGGUUGGUUGCAUGUCUACACCGAUUAAACGAAUUGUUCCUUUAUCUUCUAUCACCAAUACUAUGAAUACAGAUGCUUUAAAAAACUUAAAUAAAUCAGAUAACAUGAAUUCUAAUAUAUCCAACGGAAAUAAUACAAAAUCAGUGAAUCGUUGUUUUGUGUAUACACAUCAUCAAUUCGCCGAUUUACAACGUAAUGGAAUGGCUCAAGCUAACUGGGAUUUUGUUGAUGCAUUACUCGAAGAAUGCAAGCAUAGGACUAAACGAAUGGUUCUCAAAAAAAUUGGUCAAGAAGCAAUUGAAAUGGGACACUGUGAUCCAAAUAUUUCUGUAGUUGAAGAAAAUACAUUAGUCUCUGGUUUAUGUGAUCUUCUGGAACGUAUAUGGUCGCAUGGUUUGAAUAAAAAAAUGGGUAAAUCAGCUUUAUGGUCACAUUUAGUGUUAUAUGCUAAACGUGUUGAAUUAAUGAAACAAACUAAUAAAGAAUUAGCUAUAAAUGAUUCUGAGUUACUCAACCUUGAAUCAUCACCUCCUACGUCAUCAUCGUGUAGUAGUUCACCGCGUAUAUCUGACUUACGAAGUGUUAAUGUGGGCAGUGAUAAUUCUCACCUAUCAUCGGAUUUGUCAACAUUAUCACCUGAUUUACAACAAAAGUCAUCACACGCCGAUACAAAUUAUUCAGGUUGCAACUCGUUAAAACGUGUCAGCAAGUUUUCAAGUGAUUCAGUACGUAUGAUGGAAUCUAGACAGUUAUCUAAAACAACUCCAUCUUCUCACCGAUUUGUACGUUUUCCUUGGCAUGAUCCAUACUAUCCAUCCACCACAUCAUCUUCAUCUACUUUUUCACCAAAAUUAUUAUCUAGUUUAACUAGUUGGGGAACGAAACUUCAAGUGUUAGACUUUCAUGUUUCUUCUAAUCGUGUUCAAUGUGCUUCAUCUCGACAGAACGAUCCCAGUCCAAUUUCAUUUCGUUUAGGUCAAUCUUCUAAUAACAAUAAUCUUGGAAAUAGCAGUGUUGGUAAUGUCAGUGGAUCGCUCAUUCCAACUAAUAUAAACGGUGCUGGAAUGAUUUUAGAUUUACGUAAAAUAUUUGGGUCAACAUUCAUUGAACAUUCAUUGAUUGACGAUAUUCAUUCGAUUCAAUCAAUGAAAACUGUUAAAACAGAUAUUGGUUUUGCCAGAGCAUUUGUUCGUUUAGCUUUAGAAAAGAAGUUGUUAUCCUCACAUCUUACUCGUCUGUUAAUGGAUACUAAACUUUUAAGGCACUUAUAUACAAGAUAUGCUUUUUUAAGAUGCGAAGAAGAACGUGAACAAUUCUUAGUGCAUUUAUUAUCAUUAAAUGCUGUCGAUUAUUUUUCAUUUACACGAAUGAUUAAUCAAACUGAAAUUAUCUACGAAAUAUUUAUAUGUAAUGGUCGAAAACAUAGUAGUGGAACAACAUCGACAGCAAAUGCAUGGAUUAAAAUUCAUGGACAUUUUGGAUCAACUCAAGUGAUCAAGAUUCCACACGGUCACAAUCUUAUUGAGAUCAAAAAUCGUAAUCUUGGUCUAUUGUCUACAUUACAAAUUGGACAUGAUAAUACUGGUUCAGCUCCGAAAUGGUUUAUUGAAUUCAUUAUUGUUCAUAAUCGUGUUACUAAUCAUUUUUAUUUAUUCCCAUGUUAUCACUGGUUCGGUUUAGGAGUUGAAGAUGAUGCAUUAGAACGUAUUCUCAUUGGUGAACAAAUCCGUAUUGCAUCAAAUGAUCCAUAUCUUCUAUUCACAACUCCAUUAGCGUUAUCAUCAGAUCCCACAGAAUGUUUACAAACUUUACCCAAUCGUUGUUUAUCACCAUCACUGUCAAGACGAAACUCGGAUCAAAGAAAUUUAAACUCUAUCAUAGUACAUGAACGUGUAGCUAAUGCAGUGAAUUGUUUAUUAAAAUUCUUCUGUAAAACAAAUAAUACUAAUACAAUGACAACUAGUUUAACAUCAUUAUGGUGCGGUGAACAUGGUCUUGUACCAGCUUUACAUUUAGUUUUCACUUAUGGUUUUCGUUCAAGUCGUAUAUUUCAACGAAAAAUCUAUGUAUGGGAUUAUUUCGAAAAAGUUGCUAACGAUUUCUUGGCGAAACUUCAACCUACUAAUGUUGAACAACAGAACCAACAACAACAAAGUAUGGAUUUCCGAGUACCAGAAUUGCAAACUUCCAGUAGAAUUAACCAUUUACCAUUCUCUACUAAUAGUCUACCACGUUCAUUAACAUUGAAACAUAAUUGUUAUAGUCAAGGAAAUAAUAAUCAUAAGCAUGAAAUGUUACCAUCUGUCAUUAAAUCACACGGAUUACUACGGCAUUCACCAUCAUUUUCUGUUGUUAAUGAAGUUUAUUCAAAUUAUAAUCAUAGUCAAUAUGAACAAAACUAUGUCAAUACACGUUCUAAUUUAUUCUCAUUUUCACAACCUGCUUCACCUGCAGUCUCUCGUUUAGUUUCAACUAGUGAUAAUUUGAAUACAUCAAAGAAUCAACCUAUUGAUAUUUUAAUAAAUAAUAAAUUAGCUUCAAUGUCCAAUUCUGCACAGCAGUCUGCAUUACAGUUUACUAUGUAUGUACAAAAUAUCACGAAUAAUAGUAUAACUUUUGGUAAAGAGGGUAAAUUUCAGCGUUUUAUUUGUCAUGCACUUCGCGAUCAUCUACUCUCUGAUUGGUUAUCUAUAUUGGCAAUUAGUCCUAUCACUUAUAAUAUGUAUGAACCAAGAAGUUUUUUAUUAAGCCAUGAUUUAAGGAAGAUAAUACAAGAUUUGUUAACUUCACUGGAUGAAUUCAAUUUGACGUUUGAACCUGCUCUACUUGGUAGUGAUAUUUAAAACUAGUUUGUACUUCUUUAUAUUUAUUUACAUCCGAACAUCGUUUUCAGGUUGCAUUCUAUUUUAAUGUUUUCUUCUCUGCGAAUUCCUCUUUCAUAGUAUCUACAGUUUUAUUUAUUUAUUGACUUAUUUAUUUAUUUAUUUGAACACAUAAACAUUGGUGCAAGGAAGCACCAAAUAUACAUUCACCACACUGUCAUUCGAUUUUUGUGCGUUGGAAUACCGCCUAGGCGCCUAAACCAAAACAGCAUUUUGGAAAGAAAGGAGAGAACGGCGAUGAUAUGAAGUAGAGAUGGAAACUUUAAUUCCUAUAUAUAUUUGUUAUUUUUUAUUUUUGUUUAUUCACUGAUAUGGACAAAAAAUAUGCAUAUUCUUGUUGAUCACAAAACUUUGCGUUUUCUCAUUUUGCAUAUUGACGCAAUUUAUUCCUAUUUCUUUCACUGUAAAUCAUCAUAGUCUCAUUAUCGUCACGGUUGACGUUUAACUAUUACAUAAUCACCAUUACCAUAAUUAUCAUUUAUUGUCUUUUUUUAUAUCUUCGAUCUACUUUUUAUCAACUUUUCUUUCAACAAAAAAGUAGAGAUCUCUGUUUCUUUUUUAAAUUGUGUUCAAUUAGUAGAAUCGAAUGAUUCCACAACUUCAACAUUAAAUAUAAUUUAAUGAGUUGAGAGAUACACACAGUGUUAAUUCUUCAUAAUAUAUAUUCCUCCUGUUGAUGAACUUUUAUAAGGAAAGAACAACAAAAUUAGCUGUUUGAUGAAGAACGAUAGGUGAGACAAUUUUACUCCAUAUGGUGUGCUCUAAAUCUAUGAACCGAAUUCGUUUUUGUUAUUAAAGAAAAUACAGUAUGUAUUCAUUUGACACACAACCCAAAAUUGUUAUGAUUCAUGUUAUAUUCAAUAAUCCUUUAUUUUGUUACAUUUUUUCAUUACAGUCCUUUAUGUAGUGACCAUUUCACACACACACACAAUUUCUUUAUGAUUUUAAUUCACUUUUCUAGUCAAUUUCUGUGUUGUGUUAGAGUUCUUCAUUUUUAUUUGGAGAUUCUUUGCAAUAUAUGAAAUAUUUAUUAUUAUUGGUGGUGGCGGUAGUAGUAACAGUAACCAGCAUGAAUCACUAUAUGUAUUUUAUAGAAUUUCCUUUUGUUUUAUGUUUAACCUAUUUAAUGCCAACCGUCAGGUCUUUUUUUCGUCUUAAGAAAAUUUACAAUAAUCAUUCAAUUUGAAAGAAAUUCAAUAAAACAAGUAACACUUUUUUUUCUAUGUACAACUCGAACUUUUUUAAAAAUUCUUUUUUUCACUUACUGAAUUGAAUUAUUAAUGAAUUCGUUGUCAUACUCUUUGACUGACUAAUCCCAGUUUUAUGUAUGUUAUAUGCAAAUGUUUUAAUACUUAGAAAUAGUUAACUAUUAGCGUCAUUGUGCUCAAUACAUUUAGAAGAAUUUU